AGUUCACCGUUUUUGCACGUUUUAUAGGCUACAUAUUUAAAAAAAGGAAAUUAUAUUAGUUGUGUGUGUAUGUGCGUGCAUGCGCGUGUGUGGGUUUGUUGAUUACAUGUUCUAACGUGGAAAUUAUGGAGCCAAUAAAUCCAUUACACAAAAACACAAAAUUCAAAGGGGCAUUUAACAAAUAUAUUUGAACACUAUGUUACUUUAUUGUUGUUGUUGUUGUUGUUGUUGUUGUUGCUGUUGUUAGGUAAAGGUUGUUUAUGAAUCGUUAAGAAUUUGCGCGAUAACGCUUUUACUCUGAAAAUAUUGCAUCGGAAGACGUAUUGUUGUCGUUACAGCAGGCAGGAUGUGGCUGUAUAGUCUGUGCGAGAAGGCAGUAAAAGAUUUUAAAUUCAAUUUAAGGUUCAAAUGAACGUUUUUAUCCAGUAAGCAACAGACUCAGCUUCCCGAGUUGCACGAGACAAACCAGCCAGAGUUUGUCUCGUGUGUUUUUUGUGUCAGUUUAGUUUACAUCAGCGAAGUGAGUAGAGAUGAAGCCUCCUCCUCGUAAACGAAUUAAAUCACGUCGGAACCAGACUCUUGAACCAUUAACAACUUCAUGUAAAGUGUCCUGUCAAUGGCAGCGGACAGAACAGAAGAAUCUCUUGAAAGCCCUUAAAACACUCAGCAGCACCACACGAGGCAACGGAGACAUUGACUGUGCUUUUCUGAGAGAACACGUUCCUACUCGGUCCAUUUCAGAGAUCAACACAGUCGUGGAAUUUCUGAAGAACAAAGUGAUCUCAUCGGCGAGCUUCAAACUGAAGCAUAAGAAAUGGGAGGAGAAGAAGGUCAGAAAACCCAUCGAGGUGUGGACACACAUAGCUUCUGCUAUGGCAGGAACCCUCGAAGAACCCAUUUCCAAUGCUUUCUCUCAGAUGAUGAUAGUGUCCUCCACGGAGCCUUGCACCCUGAAGAACUGUGACCCUCCCCAGGUGUACAGACCACCCACAGACAAUGACGGGCCUGUUGGACGCACUGUCCCUUUGAGACCAAUGCCAGUCAAAGUUGAGCAUCCUGGCAACAACACAGCCCGUCCUAUAGCACUCAAUAAUCCAGCGGCAGCCAUGAGCCCAUCCGAAAGACUCCCAGCAUCACCCCAUGUGGUUAGCGUGCCUAACAGCCCUAACUCUCCACCCCAGCAACAGCUUUCUACUACAGCUGGAACUUCACCUGCUACCGCCCCCACCUCUCAGUCUACUGCCACCUGCUGUCAACCGGAUGCAGCAGAAAUACUUGUUGUGCCUUCUACAUCUCCACAACCUGCCUCGCAGACUGUGACCCCACUUACAGGACAAGUCCCGCCCGCUUCGGGCUCUGCAGCAGCGGUGAAGACUCCGAGUGUUGGCAGCCCUCUAAUCCGGAAUACCCAGCAGAGCAACACCCUACUACCAUCAGAGCAACACCCUACUACCAUCUCCACCACCUCUACAUCAAAGUCCACUUCAUCCGGUCCUCAUACAUCCCUCUCCUCCUCUGCCACCACUCCAGUACCCGGCACUGAAGCGUCCUCUGGUGUCCCUCCAACGCACCCACUCUCCACCCCUGCCACGGCAUGUCAUGCCAAGUUUGGUCGCACCAACAAAUACGCCACAAAAGACAGUCCGAGGACGUUCGGUGUCAAGAGCGUAGUGGACUUUGAGAGGAUCUAUCGCUACCUGAGUGUCAUCCACCAGCCGGAUAAAAAGUGUCAUCUCACCGAAAUGGAGAGUGCGAUAGUGUUGGACCUGUUGAUGUCUCUCCCAGAGGAGCUUCUCCUGCUCGACUGCAACAAACUGAACAAACAUCUGACCCAGAUGUAUCGAUUUCUCUCAACCACCUCUGGCUACCCGAUGGCAGAAGAAACGUUUAAAGACCUGAAGGAUGGACUCUUUGCUCAGACAGAGGCAGCGAGCAGUCGAGACAGCAACAGAACAAACGGCCCGCAGAACAGUGAUGUCACGGACAGUGGAAGGAAGAAAGCGCAGCCAGAAGAAGCUGAGAGCCAAUCAUCAGAGAGCAAUAACGCAUCAGGUCAAUCACAGGAUGCAGGCGUGACGGGACUUUGUCCCCCCCUCAACCCUUUUAUGGUACCACUGAAACUGUUGAUGCGCAAAUAGGUAGAGUUCAAAGUGUAUAAAACAAAUGUUUUUUAUUUUUUGAUCAUUUUCUUAUUUAGAAUUCAGAAUUAAUUCUGUUUCAGUUUUUAUAUAGGCUACUGCUUUUGUUAAGACAACAUUAAACAGUGAUUCUCUCUCUCUAUAAUAUAUAUAUAU